AAUAACUAACAUCUAAUUUCCACGUUAUUUUUAUGCUACGUAACGUGUUAGUUUCGAAAAGGUAACAUUUACCCAACAACAACUUAUAUAACACUGUCCACUGGGUUGAAAUUUGUUGAACGGGCAAAGCAUAAAGAACAAAGCAUAGUAGCGACAUUCGCAGCGACUUGUCGAAUAAAUGCUCACAUGGUCCGAAAUCGAUUAAUCAGCGUCGACUGCUCGUGAUAUAUCUGUAAUCACCCAAGGUCAUCUAAAUACGCAAAUGGUUCCAUUUCAUAUGGUGACGAAAAAUUGACUCCUCUACCCAAGAUAUUGGCUUUAGAUACAUUUUUUAAUCACCCAAGGUCAUCUAAAUACGCAAAUGGCUCCAUUUCAUAUGAUGAAGAAAAAUUGACUCCUCUACCCAAGAUAUUGGCUUUAGAUACAUUUUUUAAUCACCCAAGGUCAUUUAAAUACGCAAAUAGCUCCAUUUCAUAUGGUGAAGAAAAAUUGACUCUACCCAAAAUAUGGCUUUAGAUACAUUUUUUAAUCACCCAAGGUCAUCUAAAUACGCAAAUGGCUCCAUUUCAUAUGGUGAAGAAAAAUUGACUCCUCUACCCAAGAUAUGGCUUUAGAUUUUGCGACGUUGAAAUCGGACUUUCUAUUUCAUUAUUUGCUCCUUAAUGUUUUUAAUAACGGAGAGUAAAUCCGGCUUAGCUCGGUAGCUAGAAAUCCCGUAAAAGCGUUCCACUUCACUUCUAACAGUUUUUAGCCUGUCAUUCUUGAAGUUCUUAAUACGAAUGAAUCGUACGCAUGAUUUGUAAACUAUUACGAGUACGAUCGUAAGCAUAACGAAGCCGAAGGUAUUUUUAAAGUGCAUCGACAAGGACGUUGGAGAGGAUGAGGACGUUGAACGCUCGUUCGCGUGGAUUGGUUGAUAUGUCGCCACGUGACCACGUCUAACCAAUGAAGCGCGACGGCUGCACUUGGCCGUAUCCGUUAUCAUCCGUUAUCGCCCACGGGUAUCGGCGGUAGGUCGUUAAGCGGCUCCGUUUGACAGUCGUCGAGGCAAAAGAACUCGUUCGGCUGUCAAACUAGCGGCAGCAUGCCGGUUCGGAAAACAGUCUGGACCAAGGCGAGGCGAUCGUGCCUACCGGCGCCAUAGACGACGAGAAAAGCGAGAAAAGAAUGAGGUUAACUUUUCAUAGAUAAGGUACAAAACGUGGAGCUUAUCCACUCGUAAAGGAUAUUUUCACGGUUGGCUUGUGAACCAUGCAAGAAUCACGAUGAUGAGACGCAAUGUAGUUAGUGUGAUUAAGUUUAUUUUUUUGGCGGCAUUCACGGUACUCCUGACAGUGGUAGUGUUUCGAUAUAUGAGAAGACCUCGGCCCUACAGUGGUAAUUCUCUGAGUUUGCCUCUACAGAGUGGAGCUGGAUCGGAGCUUGAUUCCGGUCGAUUGGAUUCUGACAAAGGGCAAAAUGUUGCUUAUUUCAAAGAGACGGAGGACGUCGAUGGGAAGAUCGACUGGCACGAUUAUAAAAAGAUUCAAGAGGAUAAGAAAAGAACGGGAAUGGGCGAACAAGGAAAACCAUCUUUUCUCUCCCCUUCGGAAGAUUUAUUAAAAGAAAAACUUUAUCAACUUAAUGGAUUCAAUGCCGCGCUUAGCGAUGCGAUAUCUGUAAAUCGAUCCAUUCCCGAUAUCAGGCAUCCAGAUUGCCAUAGGAAAAAGUACUCAAAGAAACUUGACUCGGUUUCUGUAAUUGUAUCGUUUCAUAAUGAACAUUUUAGCACUUUAAUGCGAACUUGUUGGAGCGUGAUUAAUCGAUCGCCUGCCUCGUUAUUACAUGAAAUUAUUUUGGUGGAUGAUGCUAGUACGAGGACAGAACUAAAGAGCAAACUGGAUGAAUACGUGGUAAAACAUUUGCCCAAAACGAAGAUAAUCCGGUUACCAAAGCGUUCCGGACUCAUUAGAGGACGUUUAGCUGGAGCAAAGAAUGCUCAGGCUAAGGUUUUGGUAUUUCUAGAUUCUCAUAGCGAAACAAACGUAAAUUGGUUGCCUCCUCUGUUGGAACCGAUAGCUCAAGACUAUAAAACGUGCGUCUGUCCCUUUAUAGAUGUAAUUGCCUAUGAAACGUUUGAGUACAGAGCACAAGAUGAAGGAGCCAGAGGUGCUUUCGACUGGGAACUUUACUACAAAAGACUGCCAUUACUUCCCGAGGAUCUGAAGAAACCUACGGAACCGUUUAAAAGCCCCGUCAUGGCUGGUGGAUUAUUUGCUAUCAGUGCCAAAUUCUUUUGGGAGUUGGGAGGAUACGACCCUGGUUUAGACAUAUGGGGAGGCGAACAGUAUGAACUAUCUUUUAAAAUUUGGCAGUGUGGAGGACAAAUGUACGAUGCUCCCUGCUCUCGAGUUGGACAUAUCUAUAGAAAAUUCCCACCAUUUCCUAAUCCAGGUCGUGGUGAUUUUCUGGGGCGUAAUUAUAAGAGAGUUGCGGAAGUAUGGAUGGAUGAGUAUGCAGAAUACAUCUACCGCAGGCGACCUCACAUGCGAUCGAUAGAUCCUGGCAAUCUAACUGAACAAAAAACGCUACGAAAGAAACUUCAUUGCAAACCGUUCAAGUGGUUCAUAGAAAAUAUUGCUUUUGAUCUCAUUGAGGUAUAUCCACCCAUAGAACCAGAUGACUUUGCUCAUGGUGAGAUUAGAAAUAUCGGAGUUUCGGAACUUUGUCUUGAUUCUACGAACAAAAAGAAAGACGAAGCAAUUAAAGUGUUUUUUUGUAAAAAAGAUAAUCCCUUGAUAUCUAGAGAUCAAGAAUUCCGACUUACGUGGCACAAGGACAUCCGACCAAAAAGCAGAACCGAUUGCUUAGAUGUUUCUAGAGGAGAUCCUAAAGCUCCUGUAACCCUUUAUCCUUGCCAUGGCAAACAAGGAAACCAAUUAUGGCGCUACGACGUUUCGAAACAAUGGUUGAUCCAUGGAUAUACACCAAGGUGCCUGGAUGCUGAUCCAGCUAGCAGGAAGGUCUUUGUAACUGCCUGUGAUCCAUCCUCCACUACUCAAAAGUGGAGAAUAGAAGUUGUUAACAUGAAAGCGAUCAAUAAUUGGGACAACGUGGGACCUAAAGUUUAAUUGUUAACAGUUUUAUCGCAAUCACGCAUAUUUUCUCUCAAAAGCAAGCCCUUUCGUGACAGUGAGGGGACUUAUCGUGAUGGUUUAGAAAUAAUUCUCUAUAAUUAUAGUUUCUAUUCAGUUAUCAUCCUAUCGGAAAGUUGACUAGUCAUUAUAGAUCAUCGAGGACUCAAAGUGAACAAAUUUUUAAUGAUAUCUUCAGGUUAGAAGUCUUCGAACAGUCACCAGAGAUUUUCCUAGAUUUUACACAUUAAGUUCCUUGUGAGCUCUUUACGAUAAUUAUGUGUUACAUGUCACUCUACUAGUUUUUAGUAGACAAGACUAAUAUCAAUCGAUCGAUAAAGAUAGUCAUAUUCUUGUAUUCAUAACCUGAACGCGUAGAGACAACGAACUUUGGUGCAAUAACAAAUUUUAUGUCAAACGCGAAUCUCUUUCCUGACAGAAAUCGCUUUUAAUCCUUUCAAUGUAAAUACUGUAUACAUGAUCUGUUGUGCCUUAAAUCCAUUAUCAAUGUAGUAUCAAGGAUGCAAACAUUGCGUGCGUUGAAUUUACGGUGAAACUGAUCCAACGCUCGAUUAAAUUUAACAGAUUCAUUUACCCAGUUAAUGGGAAUUGACGUACAAGCUUAGUAUGAAAUAUAAUUUUAAGAUUUCUAAAUAUGUCAGCAAAAAGAUUCUGCUAUAUAUUAAAAUCGUUAAAAACUUGAUUAAUUCAAGUAAUACAAUAGUAGAGGACAAAUGUGUAUCAUUAAAGAGAAAUAAUAUGGUGUGGGCUGUGUUCGAAUUUUUUAUCAAGUGAAACUACUAAUAAGCUACGUGUAGAAUGAACUGGCAAAUACGCCUUUACAAUUACUUAUCUAUUACAGUUGACGGUAUCAUUAGUUUACGUUAAAUAAGAGCAACGAUCGCGGUUAAUAAUAGUUCACUUUUCGCAUUUAUAUUCCAUGAGAGUAUUGUUAAGAACAUUCUUUAAAUAAGUGUUAUCAAUAUCAUUCCAGACAUUCCGUCUGUUAUUAAUCGCAACUAUUUUUAUAUUUGUAUCAUAUGAUUUCAUACAUUUUUAUAGAAAAUACAGUAUCUAACUACUCGACUGACUAUAAAAUCCACUAUUCUCCCCCGAUUAUCUUAUCACAGGCACGUUUCAACGAUAAUGAAUUUUUGUUAACUUUCGUCUUAUCGGAGCACUUUUAACAUGCUUAUGUUUGUGUAUCAGUAAAAUAGUCAACCGUUUGCUCAAACCAAGUGCGUUGUGUAGACUCGUACCAAAGUUUUAUAGUUGGAAGUGCGAGUUUACACUCAUUAUGCCUUGACAUUGUACAAUGAAAUCAACAUUAUUAACUUCUA